AUAGAUUGGAGUAAGCUGUAGCUUUUAACAUGUUACUUUUUGUCUGUUUGGUUGAGGCAGCAGCGCGCAGCUGAAACGUUGCUGAAGAUCGGGUCGCCGGGACGCGCACGAGGGUCAAAUCUGUGAGGAUCUUUAUGUAGACAACUUCGCAGAAGAGGCGAAGUUUGCGGUUUCACCGGCUUACUUACGGAGGAUCAUUUGGAUAUGGCUGGAGAGCAGUAGCCAAUUUAAGACACACAGUAACUGCUUCUUAUAUCAUUUUUUGGAGUUUAAAUGAAAAACUUCAGCGUCCGUGAUUUGUAGUUUCAUUACUGGAAUUUGGGAAGAUGCAGUCAAUGUUUUCUACGUUGUGGAUUUUCCUAAAUUCGCUGCUUUUGCUUUACUGGAGUUGUAGUGCUCAGCCGAAACCGGGAUAUUUGAUUGCAGCACCUUCCGUCUUCCGUUCAGGUGAAGAAGAAGCCAUCAGCGUGACAAUAUUUAAUGCUGCUAAAGAAACAAAGGUCCAGGUUCAACUUGUAAUCAAGGGAGAAACCGUAGCUCAUAGUCAUGGGACAGUGUUUGAUAAAGGAACAAUUAAGCUCAAGCUUGUUGCCUAUUUGAUGGGUGACUUUGAAACCAUAAGAGGGAUAAGUGAGGAAGUUUUAAAGAAGAGAGUUUGGCUAAUAAUUUUUAGGGGUCUAUAUUAUAUGAAUGAAAGUUCAUAUGAACGAAUGCUCUAA